AUGGCUAUAUUAAGGGGCAAGUCCAAAAGUAAAAGAGAAUCUGUCAACGAUGUCAAAUUAACUGCUCGUGAUGUGGAACAGUAUAAACCCCAUGCAACCAAUGUUCACGAUCCUAUUUUGACAGCUGUUAAUGAAGCUCAACCAUUUGAAGAAGCUGCAAACGCCCAUGGCACAAAUGGUAGAAGACCGUCGUAUUUGUCUCAAGAAUCAUCUGAAUUAAGAGAUAUCUUUGGUCAGCCUAUUGCUCAAUCAGAUGUGUCAAACCCAACUAGAGCAAGAAAUGAAAGACCUAUGGAUACUAUUCGUUCAUUUGAAUAUGCCAUCACCGGUGAUCUUACCUAUAGAGAUCAGUUAGAAUCUAGAAAUUUGGGUUGGGGAUUCCAUGAAGACUUCCCAUAUUACAAUAUGAGUGAUCUGAACCAUCAAGAUUCACGUUAUGGAGCAGAGGCUGGAGGAUUCCAAAGACCUGCCAUGAGCUUUGGUGAUGGAGUCCAACCAAUAUAUCAAGCUAAUAACUACAGUGCCAGUUCGUUACAAGCAGAUGGUGGUAAGGCACAAAAGAAAAAGAAGAAGGGUUUAUUUGGUAGGAAAUCGUGA